AUGAUGACGUGCCGUCUGCUGUGCGCCCUGUUGUUGCUCGCCCUGUGCUGCUGCCCGUCCGUGUGCGUGAUGGCGACUGUUGACGUGAAAGAAAAUGACUCCGGUGAAGUGCGCACACCAGAUGAAACACUUCCGGGGAACACUUCUUUAAAUCCAAAUGCUCCCACAGUCCCGAAAGCGGGUACUUCAAAGGAUACGGAAAAAACACAAGAUUUGCCAACCGGUGGGUCGUCCACCGGUAAAGAUGCAUUAGGUGCGUCCGGUCAGACACAGUUACAAAGUCCUGGCGUUCCGCUACAGCCAACUACUGCACCAACCGUUGCGUCAGUUGCACAAAUAGUGCCGAUUCGAUCCGAAACAGUACAGGAAAAGGGGGCGACUCCAUCAACGACCACGACGACCACCACAACAAAGGCACCAACCACGACCACCACCACUACAGAGGCACCAACCACUACGACUACAGAGGCGCCAGCUGUGUCGACCACCCGCGCACCGUCACGUCUUCGCGAAAUCGACGGCAGCCUCAGCAGCUCUGCGUGGGUGUGUGCCCCGCUGGUGCUCGCCGCCUCCGCGCUGGCGUACACCGCUGUGGGCUGA